AUGUAUCAUUCACAGGACGCUGCUUCUGGUGCAGGUCUCACUAUGAACAUGGACAGCAAUGCCGGUGUUGUGCACACAGUGGACGCCGCAGCGGCAACCAACCGCCUUCCAAAGACAAUGACGUUUGAAGUUCAUCCCCAUGAAAUUUACUUUCGUGAGUUUGAGCCACACAAAACGUAUGAGGCGGUAUUGCAGUUAAAAAAUACAACAAAAGAAACCCAAUUCAUUCGCGUUGCCCGACCACAAAGUCACUUAAUCACACUGAAGCUUCCACGGAAUGGCGUGACCACGAUGAAGGUCGCCUCUGGUCUCUCCCUCACAUACAAAGUCCUCUUCACACCGGAGGAGAAUCGGGAUUAUCACUGCGAUCUCGUCGUCACUACAGAUCAUGAGGAGUUUACAAUUCCCGUUCACUGCAUUGCCAGUCGUGGUUGGCUCGCACUCCCACCGUCGUUUACCGUCACUCCCGCACCCGUGAAGGGCACCACAGAGACUACACUAUUUCUUCGCAAUACAGGGAAAUUGGAAUGUCAGUGGCAUGCAGAUACCGUGGCCCCCUUCACAAUUACACCAACGAGUGGUGUUGUACAAGCAGGAGGAGGUGUUAGUCCUGUGAAUAUUAUAUUUGCUCCACCGAAAUUACAACAAUACAACUCUUCCAUUAUUUUCCGACUUGGCCCGGAGGAAGAUAUGAUACAAGAGUUACCUUUGAUUGGAAAUGCGGUGGAAGUGAAUGUAGUACUGGAGGAAAAUACACUAGAGUUUCCAAGUACAUUUGUGACGUUAGAAAAUCAAGCCAUUGUACGAGUGCGAAAUGAUAGUGAUCAUACGGUUUACUUUUCAUGGAAAUCAGAUCGUACGGAAGUAGAAGAAGGAGAGGCGGAGGAACAAAAAUUAAUAGAACAAACGGAGGCUCUUUCGUAUGCGGUAUUGUCUAAUUCACCGUAUGAAACUACUAGAAAAAGACUCACAGCAGAACGUGUGGAAACUCUUAUGAAAGCUGGACGAGUCUUUGAUGAUGAUGUAUUCACACUUGAACCCAUAAGUGGUGUAAUUUAUGCAAAAGGAAGUAAAGAGUUUGUUGUUACUUUUAAUCCACAACUUGCAAUGAAUUAUUCUGCUACAGCUUAUCUUGAUAUUAGUGGAAGAAAGAAAAGACUUCCAUUAUUAGUAAAAGGAACUGGAAUGGGACCUCAAUGUGAAUUGGAGUAUACUCGAUUAGAUAUUGGAGAUAUCUUUAUUGGAGCAUUACAUGAAUAUAAGGUAGCUAUUACAAAUAAAGGUUGUAUAGAAGCACGUUUUACUGUUUUAUUACAGGAUACACUUAUGGGACGUAAAUUUACCUUUAAACCUUCUGAAGGUGUAUUAGCACCUGGUGCACAAGAAAUACUUACUAUUCAAUUACAAUCAGAUCUUGUAGGACUUAUAUCUGAAACUUUUCGUAUUCAUUUACAUGGAUCUCUUGAAGAUUUAACACUUCGUUUCCGUGGACGUGUUACCGGACCUUCACUUCAAUUUAAUGUAGAAGAAUUGGAUUUUGGUAAUGUAUCUUAUGAUUGUUUACAUUCUCGUACAGUUAAGAUGACAAAUACGGGUCGAAUUCCAAUUAAAUUUCGACUUCGUAUACCAGAUACAAGUUCAUUACAUGAAUCUAUUACACUUUCUCCUUCUGAAGGUAAUAUUUUACCACGAGGAGAACAAGAAUUACGAGUAGACUUUUUAUCAAAUACGGUAGAAGAAUGUUCUACUGCUAUUCUUGUAGAUGUUGAAGGUGUUGGUGAAGCUGUAGAUUCACUUCCUAUUAAAGCAGCAUGUCUUGUACCAACUUUAUCUCUUUCAACAGAACAACUUCACUAUGGUACUUGUUUUGUUGGACAUGAAUAUAUAAUGAAUUUGGAACUUGUGAAUAAAACAGCACUUCUUGGAAAAUAUGAUGUUAUUAUGCUUAAUGAGGAUGGAGCACGAACCUCUAAUGCGAAGGUAGUGAUAGGAUCUCAAGAAAAUCCAGAAACUACAGUUAUGGUAAUAGAACCACGUAGUAGAUCUCAAGUACCUGUGAAAUUAACUCCCUUAACAGUUGGAACACUACGAUUGACUCUUUAUGUUCGUGUACUUGGAUCUAAAGAACCACCAUUACCAGUUCUCGUCACCGCAGCUGCUAGAGGACCAACAGUAACGGUAGAACCAAAAUCUAUUUCAUUUGGAACAUUGACGUUAUUAGAAGAGGCAGAGAAGGAAGUUGUUUUAAAUAAUACAAGUCCUAUUCCUGCUCAUUUUACAUUAAAUUUAUUGCAUGAUAGUGCACGAGAUGGUAAAUCUGUUUUUACACUUGAUAAAAAUGAAGGAAAGAUUGAUCCUUAUGGUUCUUUAACAGUAAAAAUAUCUGCUCGAUUAGAUGAUGCACGAAUGUUUUCAAAUAAAAUACAAUUAACUGUUCAAUAUGCGGAAGAUGAUUCUCAAUUAAUUCCUGUUACUGCUAUUGGAAAAGGUUAUGCAUUAGUUACAGUAGAACCUAUUGAAACUGUUAACUUUGGAGAUGUCUUUACUGAAACUUUAACAGAGAAAAAAAUAGUUAUUAUGAAUCAUGGAAGAUGUGAUAUAGAAGUUUUAUGGGGAAGUAAUCGUCCUAGUCGUUCAAAAACGGGUGGAUUACCAAAUAUUUAUCGUAUUCUUCCUGAGACAACUACUAUUCAUGCGGGUACUUCUUAUCCAUUUAUUGUACAAGCCUCAGCAGAUACGGCAGGUGUUUAUUCAGAAGAAUUUGUAUUAAAAGAUAAGAAAGUAUUUAGACCUAUUCUCGUUACAACGAUAACAGGAAAUUUUGUAAAUCCUUUAAUUGCAUAUAGUACCAAACGUGUGGUAUUUGAUUAUAUUUACGGUUCAGAAGGAGAAACAGGUAAAGCGGUUACAACAAAGACUUUCACUAUGAAGAAUACAACUUCUAAACCUUUACAAGUAACAUUAAAACGUGUGGAAACUCCACGAGGAUCACUUUCUCCUUUUACAUUAGAGAAACCUACAAGUUUUACUCUUGCAAGUGGUGAAACACAUAUUGUUGGAGUUACAUGUGAUGCCCUUUACCGUCAUGAUAAUAUUGCACAUUCUGCAAAAAGUCGUAUCCUUGUUGCAUUUCUUAAUCAUCCAUUUACAGAGUAUGUAAAUCUUUUUGCGAAUAUGGCAUUUCCCGUUAUUCGUAUUGAACCUAGAAGUGGAGAAGUCAAUUUUGGAUCUAUUCUUGCAGAAACAGAGAAACGAUCUGAACUUACAUUAACCAAUAUGUCAUCCACCGUUGCGGCAGAAUUUCUAUGGAGUGUGGAAUCUCUUAAUGAACCAGUCACCAUAGCAGAUCCACAACAAAAAGAGAAACCAUUAAAACACAAAUAUUUUGAUUUUAUUCCUUUUCGAGGUGUUAUCCCACCCGGUGAGAAACGAGUGGUGGAGGCAGUUUUCUACGGUACCCGUGGAAGACACGAGGCGACCGCCACAUGUAUAUUAACAGGCGGUCCAACCUACAAUGUUCAUCUCAUUGGCUGGAGUGAUGCGGCUGUGCGGUUUGACUGUACAUAUCUAGACUUUGGCACUAUGCAUCAUGAGGAAUCCGCACGGAAAACAAUUUCCAUUACAAGUCCCUCACAUGUUGCCGUUCCCUUUACAGUUGAUCUUGGCGCCUUAAAACAACACGGCUCUGUAAAGGUGAGUCCUAUGAGUGGAACCGUUACCAACACAAUUACACUCACAGUGACUUUCUGCCCAGUUAUUCCGGAAGAAGUGACGGAGACAUUUUAUGUGCAGGUUGGACACCGGGAUCCACAGCCCAUUACUGUACAUGGACUUGGUCAAGCCAACACCAUUGCGUUAACCACAAAUGAUAGGAAGACGAAACUCAAACGUGUGGAGGAUCCAACGUAUCAACGUUGUUUAGAAAAGUUAAUGGAUUCAGAUUGGAUUCCUUAUCAUACAAAGGCUGGUCAUUCACCUAAACUAUCACGUACAGCACUUGCAGAGAUGGAAGCCGAUCGAUUGACGUUUUGUCGAUAUCUUUUAAAUCCCCCUACCACACCAUCACCAUUCUCAUCACGUUCAACAUCUCCAGUUGCUUCUCCAACGGUAAUGGUGAAGGGAAUACCGAAAAAGUCUACUCGCAAUCUCAAAUCUCUAAAAAAAGAAAAUAAAAUUAUUCUUUCACGUUAUCUUAUUGAUUUUGGUCAUAUGACGAGACAAGAAACUCGAACUACAAAAAUAACAUUACUGAAUACAUCUGUUUCUUCUGUGGCUCUUGUAUUGGAUAGAAAAAUGAUAGAUCCUACUAUAUUGCAAGUGGAACCAUCUAAAUUUCCUAUUAUUCCUCCAUUUGGAGAAAUGGAAGUAACACUCAAAUUAUCUACGGAAGACCCUGAAAAAGUUUUAAAUGGUGCAAAUAAAUUUUCCUUUUUUAUAGAUAUUAAAAAAGGUCCACGUGUUAUUGUUGAAGUUCGUUGUUUUGUUGCUAUGCCAAUACUUAAAACACAUGAAAACAUCGUAGACUUUGGUGAUGUUCUUCUUGGUCAUGUUAAAAAAGUACCAUUACAUUUCUCAAAUGAGGAAGCUGUUCCUUGUACAUGGAGUAUGAUAUUAAUAGAAAGCAAACGAAAGCCUGAUACAGAUACUUCUAUGGCUUCUACUCCUACAGAUAAUAAUCCAUUACCAACUAUUACUAAACGACAGUUUAGAGUAAGUAAAGAUAAAGGAACACUUCCUCCUUUCUCUAGUAUGACGGUUCAAUUGAGUUUUAUGACAAGGAUAAAAGGAACGGCAAAAGCCAAACUUCGUUUACGUUAUGCCUCUAAUCCAAAUGAUUACUUUAUUGAAAUAAAAGGAAAAGUUAUUGGAAUGAAUGUAGAGUUUUCACCUUUUCCAUUGGUAUUUCCACCUAUUCAUCCAUGUCAAGUUAUAAAAAGUUCUUUUACUAUUACAAAUAAUGAGGAACGACCGGUUGAAGUGUUUAGUAUGAAUUAUGAUCAUAAAUACAGUACAGAACUUCUUAUUUUACAACGUGCCUUGAUGAUGAAAAAACCUUCCAAUAAUGGAGAACGUGAACUUCAUCUUCCUAUUCGAGAUCCAGGUAGUUCUUUACCAGAACCUUUAUUAGAUGCUGUUUUUGAUGAAAUUCAAACAGAAGAAAUGGGACUUGAGUAUAAAGAUUUUGAUGAUUUAGAUGAUAAACUUCCAAAUGAGCGAAGCCAUGGAACUCGAUUAUCACUCAGACGAUCCGCAUCUCUUUUACGACUGGAGAAACAAAUGGCAACGAGUUUAAAACAGGAAUCACCUUUACCACCUCCGGCUCCUCCUACAUCCACAGAGCCUAUAGUUAAACCACAAUUAGUUAUUAUUACAGGACCACCAUUUUCAGGUAAAACUACUCAAACAAAAAAAUUACAAGAAUCUAUGAAUUUAAUGCAAUUGGAUUUAGAUGCUAUGGUACGUGCAGAAGCGGAAUUUGAUACAGCAGAGGGUGAACUUGUUCGAAAUAUUCUUUCAGAAAAAGUAAGAAGUACAUCUCCACAAAAUAAUGAAAAUAUGACGAACCCAAGUACUCCACCUCCAGUAGAAAAUCUUUCCAAAUCGAAAGUUGUUAUUCUUCUUCAUUCACUUUUAAAACGUCAUUUAUCUGAUAUAGAUCCAAAAACAAGUUUAAUUUUGGAUGAUGUAAAAUCUAUUCUUACAGAUGAUCGAGAAGCUAUAUUAUUUGCUAUUGAAAAAGCAGUAUCUGCUACAGGGAGAUCUUUACAUAUUAUUUCUCUUGGAGUGAGUGAAGCUACAGUAGGACUUCGUCAAAAUCUUGAAAUUCAACAAAAAUGUCUUGAAAAUCUUGAAAAAGCCAUGACAGUUCCUCUUUCAGAAGAAGAAUAUGAAAAACUCUCUUCUGAAGAACAAGAUUCUUAUAAUCAUCGCUUAUUACAAUAUAAUAAAUGUAAACGUGAUCUUACAGAAGCUACAAAUGAAGUAGAACAUUUUACCGCAGAAAGAAUGAAAACUACACAACUUACAGUUCAAGCUGUAGUGGAUGCAGAAAUUACUGAAAAGGAAGAACAAGAAAUGAUUAUGCGAUCUACAUCAAGAGGAAAGAAAUUUGUACCAGAACCACGUCCUAAACCUUUAUGGAAUCAACUUUCAGAAUUUGAUCAAUAUAAAGAACUUUAUGUACUUUUACGUCGUAUGAAUCCCACUAUACAUGUUGUUGUGGAUGGUGAAGAAAGUGAAGAAGAUGUUAAUAAAGAUAUCGUAUCGCAAGCAUUUCCUUCACCUGAACAUGUGGAAGAACAGGCACCACAACCUCCAUCCUCUAUAUCCCCAACUAUGCAAAUGGGAGGUGGACAAGAAGUUCGAAUAGACUUUUCAGAUGUAACAAGGGGAUAUGCACAUUGGGAAUGGAUAAAUGAUGAUCGUGUGAAACGUUUAUUUGAAUCUUUUGAAGAUUUUAGAUUUUUUUCAGUUGUUCAACGGGAUGUAGUAAUAAAGAAAACACCAAAAGGAGCUUCAUCACAAUUAGUACCAGCCAUGGAAGAAACAACUCGUUGGAUUGUUCCACCCAAAUCUUCUGUAGAAGUUGUUAUUGUAUUUUGUAGUGAUAAAAUAGGGGAUCAUACACCGACGUUUAUAUUUGGUAUUACAGGUACUAGUCAAGAAAUUACUUUCCCAGUUAUUGCACGUACUGCUUAUCCAGAAAUUAGUAGAGAUGAAAAGACUAUUUUUGCGUUAACUAAACCACGUCCUAUAGCUGGAAGAGGACCUUGUAGAGUAUUUGUUAUGUCUAAACGUACCUAUGAAUUUGGACCACUUGUUGUUUGCUCUGGAAAUAUGCAAAGUUUAUCCGCAUCUAUAAAAAAGAAUGCGAAACACUCAAAUGAUGGAGGAUCACCUGUUAAUAGGAGUAAUUCACUUACAAUGAGAGAAACUAGUGCUCAGGAUACAUUAACGUUUACAAAUACUGGAAUAUUUCCAGCUGAAAUAUCUUUAAUAUUUGGAAAAGAAAAAGAUACUACAUUUACUGUUACUCCAAGUAAAUUUACCCUUCCAGUUGGAGAGAAAGCUACUGUUACAUUACGAGCAGUUCCUGAAACUAUUGGUGAAAUCGUAUCAAGACUUAUAGUAACUGUACGAGAUAAUCCUAUACCAUGGUAUGUGAAUGUUUCCUGUAUUGGUACGAGACCAGCGGUAACACUUGAUGGAAAGAAAGAAUAUCUUUUACAAUAUGGACGUUGUUUAAUUACACGUGAAGUAGAAAAAAUUAUUACUAUUGCUAAUAUAAGUUUAAUGCCUACUCGUUGGCGUAUAUCAGGUAUGGAAAAAUUACCAAAAGAAUUUGAAUUAAGUUCUACUGGAGGUGUUCUUGAUGUAAAUGCUGUUUAUCCUCUUGAAAUACGUUUUAAACCAACACGUACAGGUGUACAUAAUGUUCAACUUAAAGUGGAAGUUACAGAUUCAGAAGAUAUUUUAUUUGAAUCUCUUCCUUUAACUAUUAAAGCAGAAGCUCAUGAUGCCGUAUUGGAAUGGACAAGACAAAUAGAUUUUAAACUUAUGCAUGUAGGAGAUACAAAGAAAGAAAUAUUACGUAUUCUUAAUAAAGGACCAUACGAAGUUGGAUAUAUGUUACGUCUUCCUAAAGCUAUUCAAGGUCUUAUUACACUAACACCAAGUGAAGGAGUAUUACGUGGAUUAGUAGGAUUUAAAGAUGCUGCAUUAGCAACGAUUGAAGUUUCUAUUCGAUUUACAAAAGAAGGGGAAAUUCCUUCUGCACUUGGUGUAAUUGAAGCAUUAUUUUUUGAUCCUAUUGCGAAAGAACUUUUAUACCCUGUUCAAACAAUUCCUGUAACAGGUGAAGCUUGGUAUAAUAGAUAUACUAUUAAACCAUCUUGUAUUGAUUUUGGAUCUUGUUUUGCAGAUCAAAAGAAACAAUGUACCUUUGAAAUGCGUAAUACAGGUCGUUUUCCACUCAAUUUUCGAUUAUUUAAUUAUGAAACGACUCCUGCAAUACCUACUCAAGAUGAUAAUGAUAUUACAGUUAAAAAACCUCGUAAAUCUGCACGAAUGGAUGCGGGAUUUCAACUUGGUGCUUUUACUGUAACCCCGAGUUGUGGUGUUAUUGCUGUAGGCGAUAAUCUUGUAUUUCAAGUUUUUACAAUACAAACAGAGAAGACUAGUCAUAGAGAAACACUUGGUAUUUAUGUAGAUCACUGUGAACCAGAUUUAGAUGUAAAAGGUUUACCGUUUGAACUUGUGGCCUCCCCAACGACUCCUGGUAUCGUGGCCGAUCUUUCCUCUACUGUGGAUAUUGAGACAGUGUUUGAAGAACAACAAGUCGUAACAAGUUUAGCCCAAUGUCAUCGAUCUAUGCGUGUUUACGUUCGAGAAACUCGUGUUUUCUCAUUUGGGGCCACUCUUGUUGGGAGUCGUGUAGAGGAACGUUUCCGAAUUGCAAAUUCCAGUCCUAUUGCCUGUACUGUAAAAGUACAACUUUUACCAAUGAAUCCACGUGAGGGAAAAGAAAGGGAACGAGAUAAGAAGGAAAAGGAUUCCUCCCUUAGUGUGGAUGGAUUUUAUAUUCUCUUGGAUGGAGAAAAUGAAAACACGGACACUUUACAAUUACCAUCUUUUGAAAGUCGAUAUAUUACGGUGUGUUUUGCCCCACCCACUCUUCAAUCCUGCAGUGCCCGGUUUGAGGCGGUGGUGGUGGGCGGCACAAAUCCCCUCACCGCCGCGCUUCGCUUUGGAUUAACGGGUGAAGGUAUUUUGCCUACCGUGGAGUAUAUACUUCCACCCCCACUGCGAAUACCUUUUACGAUUGGAGUUCCACUCACUCUAAAGAAGAGUACAAGAGGAAAGGGAAAAGAUGGGAAGAAGACGUCUGUGGCUCCGUAUGUAGUAGAUGAUAGUAGUAAUACCUUAACAACACCAGGAACAAUUCAAAUGCCAUUAACACUUGUUGGGAUGUCCUCUACACGAGUCUUUACACUUCGUAAUACUGGUGAAGUUGCGGCUACGAUUCGAUUAUCAACACCGGAUGAUUGUCCAAGAGAUAUUGUGAUAUCAAAAUUAAAAGAAUCUAUUACACUUCCUGUUGGUGGUUCCGAAACGUUUGCCAUAAGUUUUACACCAUCCCAACCAGGUGCAUGGCGAGUACGAUUACGGGUGGCAGUAACAGAGAAUCCAUACGAAGAUCGUGAAUUGUUUAUUACCGCAGAAGGACACUUUAAUACGAUAAGUCUUCAUAAUAUUGAUCCUACUACAGAAGAUCAUCUUACAUUGGGUUAUUGGUAUGUUUCUUGUGUAAAGGAACAUACUUUAACGAUACGUAAUAACUCUCCACAUGUAGUUCGAUUUGAAUGGGAUUCUUCAUCUAAUAAUGUUUCGUAUACCCCAUUUGUUGGACAUAUGUUACCUGGAACUUCAAAACCCAUAACAGUGCGAUUAUACUCAGAUACAGUUUUUAAAGAAACACUUCAAACAACACUACGAGUUACAUCUAUUUCAUUACUAGAAAUGGAAGAAUGGGAUAAUACAUAUGUACAAACAAAAUUGGUAAGGUCUUCACCUAUUGCAGAGGAUGGAGGAGAGAUAGCAUUAGGAACUAAUUUAGAAUCUGAAAUAGAUACAAAGCAGAAUCUUAAGAAAAUUACAGAACCUAUUCCAGAACCAGAAUAUAAAACUACUGGUGAUGUUUCCGUAAAUAAAUCUCUUUUUGUAAGUUAUUCUUGUGAUUAUGCUUCAUAUCAAGUAACACUUCCUAUGAAUGAUGGUAUGGAAAUAACAGAUACUUUGACAUUUCCAAAAACAAAAAUAUUUCAAAGACGUUCUGUUAUUUUACGGGUAAAAAAUACAGGAUUAAAUGUACUUCCCUUUUCUUUUACUUUUGGUGAUUUAAGAUCUCGUGCAACCGGAGAUGUGGAUAAUUCUGGUAUCUUUACAGUGGAUCCUAUUUCGGGUAUGAUUGAAGCUGAAACGCAUCGUGAUAUUCAAGUUACCUUUGCCCCUCGUUAUGUAGAAGAUGUUUCUCAGAUGCUUAUUGGACAUUUUUCACAUGCUUUAGAAAACAAAAUAUAUGUUCAACUUUCUGGAUCUGCCGAGUGUCCUUUAGUACAUUUUAAUGUUCCUCCGUGUGAUUAUUUAGAAACCCGUAUUGAAGGAGAAGCAGGUCCUUCUUUAAAUCCAGAUACAAUUCCUAUUAUGUUUCGUACUUGUGGUUUACAAAGUAAGUGUACGGUAUCUUUUAAGGUUAUUAAUCCUACUACUACACCUCAACGUUUUGAGUGGAUUGGGGAUCCAUUAUCUCAGCGUGUAUCACCUUUCCGUUGUUUAACACCUUCUGGAUCUAUUUCUGCAGGAAAACAAUGUGAAAUGACUUUUGAAUAUACGGCAACAUCUAUUGGAAUUCGAGAAUCAAAAUGGAGUUUUUUCCUUACAGGUCAAAUAUCUGUACCAUUCCUUUUAGUAGGAAAAGCAGAAGAACCAAAUGUAUUCCUACAAGUUAGUAAAGUAAACUUUGGUGGAGUAUUAGUUGGAAAUAAAACGGAAAGAUUUAUUGAACUUGAAAAUAAAGAAGAUGUUUCAUUCCCAUUUUCAUUUGAACAUGUUUUACAUGAUCUUGAAAAUGCGGUUGGGGUAAAACCAAUGAAUGGUGUUAUUCCACCAAAUUCUAAAAUAAUGCUGAAUGUAUGGUAUUCUCCUAAAGAAGAAAGUACAAUGAAUGCAAAAUUAGUUUGUCGAGUGAAACGCUUAAGUGAUCCUUUAACAAUUAAUGUAAAAGGUGAAGGACUUUGUAUUCAUACCACAUUGGGUAUUGAAGAUGAUAAUAGUGAUGAUUCUGUGGAACCUGUUUAUGUACAACCAUCUCAAUUGUUUCAAUUAAGUUUAGGACGUGUACAAGUGGAUACAGUAGUUAAAAAACGAUUGAUACUAACAAAUGAGAGUCAAUGUGCAGUAGAUUACUCUCUAAUAGUACCAGAUCAUCGUUUUAUUGAAUUAAAUCCAAUGUCUGGUACUGUAUUAUCAAAACAACGUGCGGUUAUUAUGCUUAUUUAUUCUCCUUCUUCAGAAGAAACUUUACGUAAUUUUAAAAUUAUUUGUAAAGUUGAAAAGAGUGUCUUAUAUUCUAUUCGUUUAUCAGCUGUAAGUUAUACACCAAAACUAAAUCUUGGAUUUGAAAAGUACGAUUUUGGACCUUGUUUUAUUACAGAAUUUUCUUCUGGUGCCGUUAUGAGUACUUCAUUAUCUAUGAUGAAUGGUGAAUUACGGGAAACUCUCGCAAUAGACUGUAUUCUUUCAAGUGAAGAAUAUUUUGAUUUGGAUGUAUCUUCUUUAGUCUUAACACCUGGAGAAGUUCGAAAUGUUAAAAUUAGUUUUGCACCUCAUGAAGUGGGAGGAUUUACAAGUGAACUUAAAAUUCUUAUUAAUGGUACAUACCCUAUAUUUAUUCCUUUAUCAGGUGAGGGAGUGAUACCACGUAUUGAGGUUCCAAUAAGGUUCUUAAAAUUAGGGGCUGCACGUAUUGGUGAAAGACGUACAGGGGAAUUACGAAUUGAUUGUAAAAGUCGAACACCAACACCUGUUUCUCUUGCUAAUGUUUUGGAUGCUGAUUUAAUUGAGAGAGGUGUAACAAUUUCACCUAAUGAUUUAUUUAUAAUGCGACCACGUGAAGUUCGUAUUAUUACCGUUUCUUUUAAACCUACAACUCGUAUGGCUGAAUUUCAACGAGAAUUACGAAUGUUGGUAUGUGGAAAAGAAAUGCCAUUAGCUAUUAUUUCAUCCUCUUGUGAAGAUGCGGAAGUUCAUUUGGAUGUACAGAAUAUUCUUUUUAAUGAUGUUGUCGUUGGUGCUACAUCCUCUCGUCGUGUAGUGAUUAUGAAUAGUGGAGAUAUCUCUCAACGAUUUAAGUGGGAUUUAGCCUUCGCCCCUAAUAGUGAAAUGAAAGUCAUUCCCUCCUCUGGAUUAGUUCGAGCGCACACGGAGCAGACCUGUGAAUUUAUGUAUUCCCCAAAGAAGGCGGGAAGUACUUUCCGUCGGCCGGUGGUGGUGGAAUUCGAUAACGCGCAGCCCCUCUCUGUGAAUGUAGAGGCGCACGGUGUGGGCAGACCGCAGGCGGAUGUUGUGGUGGAGUUUAACUGCCAAGCGCGGGCCACCGUAACAAAGUCCGUGGCUGUAGAGAAUCCAACAGAAACCAUGUGGACCAUACAGCCAGUGGUGAGCAGUAGACUGUGGACUGCACCAAAGGUAUUUCAGGUGAAUGCGAAGAGUACAGCAAUGCUACCUUUAACAUAUGCCCCAGUGUUGGUGACGAAGGAAAAGGAUGUGGCAAAUCUUUUUAUUCCACUUCCCACAGGAUCGGCAAUAUGUAUGCAACUGGAAGGUGAGGCAACUUAUCCAACAGAGGCGGGAGCUCUAGAUGAAAAGGUUGUAGAGACAAACACACCACAUUCAGAAUCCUUUACAUUACAGAAUGAAUCUACACAACCAUUACGUUUCUAUAUAAGUAUUAGUUGGACUCCUGAACCAGAAAAAGGUAUGAUAAAUGUAAAGAUGCCAGUAAGUGUAGAUGUUCCACCUAAAGGAAGUAGAGAUUGUCCUAUUACAAUAACAUCAUUAAAAGAAGGAAGUAUACGUGCCACAAUUCAUUGUCGCUGUUCAGAACGAGAAGAUUAUUCUCAAAUGUUUGAUGUCGUUUUAAGAUUUGUACCUAAAUCUGUAUCCUCCAAAACAGAUCUUGUGGCAACAGUUCGUACAAGUGCUUAUCAUCGACUUCAUAUUACAAAUCCUCUUGAAAAGAAUGUCAUCGCAACUACAAAAGUAGAAAAUGGAAGUGAUGCUAUCUUUGUAGAUUCAACUAUUACAAUAACACGUAGAAGUGUUACGGAAAUUCCCAUACGUUUCUUCCCACUUGUUCAUAAAGAAUAUCCAGUAGCUACCGUUAUUGUAUCAAGUCCAGAACUUGGAACCACAACAUGUAAACUUAAUCUUCGUUCAAAUCCACCAGUUCCAGAGAAGGUUAUAAAAAUUACAUGUCCACUUGGACAAUCGGUUGUAUUUCCACUUCGUUUCUUCCAUUAUAGUAAAUCGAAUUGUGAAUUUGCUAUUCGUAUUCCAUCAAAGAAUAAUGUUUUUACAAAGUUUGGAAGUGCUAGUUCUGUAAAAGCACAAGGGACUACACGUCCAGAAGGACAAGAAGUCAGUGUGGAUAUAAAUUACGAACCUGUAAGUGUUGGUGAAACGAGAGAAACGAUUGAGGUUUACUCCGCUAUUGCUGGUCAAUAUAUUUUCCCUGUUGUGGCUACAUGUCUACCACCGCAGAGACAAGGACCAUUUCCUCUACGAAGUGGACAAACAACAAGUAUUCCAUUUAAAAACGUAUUUAAUGAGACUAUUACACUUUCAUUUGCAAUAGAUUCACCUAAUGUUGUAGUUCCCAAGACAACAGAGACUUUAGCAGCGAAGAAGUCUACUAAUAUUCAACUUAUGUGUAAAAUGGAUGAUGAUAAACAGACAGCCCAGACGGCGAAGUUAACAGUCAGUACGACAUAUCAUGAUGAACUACUGCAGUGGGUAUAUUACUUAAAGAAACACGUUGUGGAACCAGGAUCCUUGUCAACAUCACCCUCUAGAAGAAGGGACCGAUGA